GUAUCUAUGUAUGUAUGUAUGUAUGUAUGUAUGUAUGUAUGUAUGAAUGUAUGUAUGUAUGUAUGUAUACGUGUAUAUGUGUGUAUGUGUAUAUGUGUUUAUGCUUGUAUGCGUAUGUGCAUAUUGAUAAGCCUUUAUACCAAAAUAGAUUGUACAGAUUUAUUAUAAAAGUGUUUUUUUUUUUGUCAAUAAUUUUAUUUUAGACGGAAAAAAAAAAUGAAACUGCAUUAUAAGUAUUUGUUAAAAAAGAUCAACAUUUAUCUAUAUGAUAAAGAUCAAUAGUAUAAAACUAAAAAAAAAAAAAACAUCCUAUUUAUUUAUACUUUAUUGUUAGCAAAUAAGAUCAAAGAGUAUAUUUGGCCUGAGUACAAUAAAGAUUUCAUUGUUUGCCCUCACAUAAUAUGUUCAAAUUGUAGGAGAAACAUAUUUUUGCUGGGGAAGGGAUCAAGUACUUAUCUGUCAAACUGGAUGAAUAAAGUAUCUCAAGUACAGGGUUUGUUAUAUUCAAAUGAUUAAUACAUAAAUUAAUAAAAAUAAAUUUUUUUAUAAAGUAUAUGUUUCUGAAUUAGGUUGACAAGCCAAGAAUUAGACGCAGUACUGAACUUAGUGAUAUUGUUCAACCAUCUCGUGGUAACUAGCUGUAAAAUCUCCAAAAGAAAAUAUAUGUAGUUGCUGCUUUUCUCUCCUUGUUAGAGGUUUACAAACAAGCUUUUCUCUCCUUGCAAGAGGUUACAAACAAGCUUUUCUCUCCUUGCAAGAGGUUUACAAAUAAGAGGUCAGAACAAUUGUAGUUCUGGUCAGGCUGUUUUAAACCUAAUUAAUUUGUCAGAAAACCUUGAUUCCACAUCAUGUGAACAAGUUGCUUCAGGCAUUAUUAAAAACAAGAUGAAGCGAGAAGGCAUAGAGAGAGGCCAAUUCUUUAAAUUAUCUACAGGUGGUUAUCCAUUAACUUUAACUGUUGGAGCGAAAGAUAAUAAAUCUUCCAGAAAGUCUUUCAAUCAGAUAUCAUUCCAAACAGUUAUGGAAUUAACUUCUAUACUGGAAUUAACAAAAAAUCAAAUAAAAAAAAUGAUAUCAAGUCUGCGUAAGAAUCUAGAGUGGUCUACUGUUGUUGAGAACAAUGUAGUUAGCAUGAUGACAUCAUUGCAACAAGAGUCUAAAUAUAAAAUAGAGCAAGGUGAUUUUAUUUGGAAUGAUGAAACUGUAACAAGAGAUAUAGUAUUUAUUCAUGACACUUCUGAAUUUAUUCUUAGUAUUUUAAUGGAAAGAGGUUUAGAUUCUCUUUCCAGUAUGGUACGUGUAUCCAUUGAUGGAGGUUGGAGGUCAAGGAUUUCUUAAAGUAAUUGUAAAUGUCUUUGACAAGAUAAUAACAAUGAGAUACACAUCAACAGUGGAGUUAAAAAGUGUUUUAUACUUGCUAUUGUUAAAGAUAUUUCUGAAGACCAUGAAAAUCUGCAGAAAAUCUUGAGUAGAUUAAAUCUAGAUGAUGUUACACAUCGCCUUGCAUUUGAUUUAAAAUGUGUUAACAGCAUUUUCGGUUUAUCUUCUCAUUCUGGUUAAUAUGCCUACUUAUAGUGCGAAGGUGAAUGUACCCUAGAAAGUGGUAUUCCAAGAACGUUACGGUCUCUUGAUCAUUGGUACAAGUUAUUUGUUGAAAAUGGGGCAAAGCGAUUGCUGAUUGAUUAGUCCUCGUCUUGUUUAUUUUGAUAAAAAUCCUGAAGUUGAAAUUAAUCACUUAGUUUUACCACCAGAAUUACAUCUUCUUAUGGGGAUUGUGACACUACUUGGUAGACUACUUUUAGAUCAUUGGCCUCUGUUUACGAAUUGGCUUAAAGAGCAUUAUAUUUUACUUCGUGGUUAUCAUGGGAUAGGCUUUGAUUGCAAUAAUGCCACAAAACUAUUAGAAAAAGUAGAUAUUUUAGAGAUAUUUUAGCAUCUCAAACUAAUUUGAUACCUGUUGUUCAUUGCCUCAAAAAGUUUUUGAAAGUUAAAGAGUGCACAUUUGGACAAGAAUUAGGCAGUAAUGUUUCUUCAGUUUUUGAAGAGUUCAAAGUAUUAUUUUUUGACCUUCAGCAGUAUGCAAAAAUACAUUUAAAUGCAGAGCUGAAUGUAACUUGGAAAGUACAUAUAGUGGUUUGUCAUAUUCUCCCAUUUGUGAAAUUUAACUAUUGUUCUCUUGGGUCAUACGCUGAACAGACUGGAGAGGCUGUUCACAGUGCCUUUAAACCAAGUUAGUCUCGAUAUAAACAAAGGAUUGGGUAUAUAGAUUAAACGAUUAAAAUCUGCCACUGCCACUUUUUGCAUAGAUAAGAUGUAAAUAUUUCAAUAUAUAAGUAGUUGUGUUAAUAUUUUUAUUGCA